AAUGUCCCUAGACAAGAACCAAGAGCCGUUGUUAAUCACCUAUUCUCACCAACCAAAGCAUAAACUGAAUUCAUUAUUGGUGUUGUUCCAAAUUGAUCACAAUGAGUGUAGCGGUAGUACUCAACAGCUCCACCGUAACAGAGUUCAUGGACGACAAAGCAACCUUCGACAGUUUUGUCAACGAGAGGUUUGCCAUGGUGGAUGAGAACGGCGAUGGCGAGCUUUCGCGCGACGAGGUCCGUGGCGGGUUUGGGCUGUUCAUGCCAUUAGGAUCUGAAUCACAGCCAAAGCAAGAGGUUGAUGACAUGUUAGAUUUGAUAUUCAAGAGGUUUGAUGAGGAUCAAAACGGUUCGCUCGAUCUGAAGGAGUUCAAGUCGUUGAUGACGGAGAUUAUGAAUGCUCUUGCUCGUGGGAUAGGUGGCUUUCCCAUCAUGGUGGCUCUUGAAAAUGAUAGCUUGCUUAUGAAGGCUGUUCAACAUGAAUUGGCAACAUAUUCAUCUCCUUCAUCAUGAAUGUAUCUUUAUUGUUUGUUGUUAUUAUUAUUACUACACAAAAUUUAGUACACAUUUCUUGCGUUGAGAAUCCAAAUCUGCUGUUGUUUUUAGUCUGUGUUUGAGAUCUAUGGAAUCCAAAUCUACUUGUUGUUCUUUUA